AUGCCGCUACCAUUGACUAACAUUCCCUUAAAGGUCGGGCUUCCAGCUGUCGCGGCAGCAGCAGCCUACCUGAACGCACGAUGGUCCCUCUUCUAUGACGUCGGCCUCAUUAAGUCCCUCGUCAAGAUGUCCCUUCGAUCCCGAGUCGCCGAACGUAAUGACCGCCUGAAUCUCUUCUACGUCCUUGAGGACUUCGCUCUGUCUCCCGCGACCGCCGAUCAGGAAUUCAUUGUAUACAACGGUCGCUCAUGGACGUUUCACCAGACCUAUACUAUGGCCCUUCGUUACGGCGCGUGGUUCAAGAACGUCCAUGGCGUUCGCCGGAAGGAUAUUGUGGCUAUCGACUUCAUGAACUCGGCAACUUUCCUCUUCUUCACCCUCGGCUUGUGGAGCAUUGGCGCCGUUCCUGCAUAUAUCAAUUAUAACCUGGCGGGAAAGCCCCUCACACAUUCUGUGCGCGCAUCCACUGCGAAGCUCCUCAUUGUGGACGAAGAGAUUCGCGAUUGCUUCCCUCCCGAGCAAAUGGAGACAUUUGCUUCUCCGGACUUCCGCAACGGCAAGGGCUCUGUCAAUGUCUUGUUCUUUACUCCAGAUAUAGAGGCCCAGAUUUUGGAAAUGGAUCCCGUGAGAGAGGACGAUAAGGUCCGCGGCAGUCUUCUCCCGCGAGACAUGGCCAUCUUGAUCUAUACAAGUGGCACGACUGGUCUUCCGAAACCCGCGAUCGUGAGCUGGAAGAAGUGCUGGAGUGGCGGAUUGUUCAUCGGAAACUGGCUGGAGAUUCUUCACUCAGACCGCUUCUUCACGUGCAUGCCUCUUUACCACUCAUCUGCAUCUGUCCUUGGCUUCGUGACAUGCUUGAUGAAUGGAGCAACCAUGAUCGUCGGUCGCAAAUUCUCCGCGCGAAAUUUCAUCAAGGAAGCCCGCGACAACGAUGCGACCAUCAUCCAGUAUGUGGGUGAAACUCUUCGAUACAUCCUAGGCGUGUCGCCCGACAUCGAUCCUGUCACUGGGGAGAACCUGGAUAAGAAGCACAAGAUCCGAAUUGCAUUUGGCAACGGACUCCGCCCUGAUAUCUGGAACCGCUUCAAAGACCGCUUCGACAUCACCACAAUUGCCGAGUUCUAUGCUGCCACCGAAGGAACCUCUGGCCAGUGGAACAAGUCGUCAAAUGAUUUCUCUGCUGGUGCCAUUGGCCGCAAUGGAGCACUCGGCAAUCUGAUCAUUGGACGUGGAACUGCAAUUGUUGAUGUUGAUCAUGAAACACAGGAGCCGUGGCGGGACCCGGGAACUGGCCUCUGCAAGAAAGUUCCUCGAGGUGAUCCCGGUGAGCUGCUGUUCGCCAUCGACGCCUCAGACCCUAGUGCCAACUUCCAAGGUUACUUCCAGAACAACAAGGCGACGGAGAGUAAGAUCGUUCGCGACGUUUUGAAGAAGGGCGAUGCCUACUUCCGGACCGGCGAUAUGGUUCGCUGGGACAAGGAUGGUCUCUGGUUCUUCUCGGACCGACUUGGUGACACCUUCCGCUGGAAGAGUGAGAACGUGUCUACCAGUGAGGUUUCCGAGGUUCUCGGCGCCCACCCCGAAGUGCACGAAGCAAACGUCUAUGGUGUGGCUCUGCCCAACCAUGAUGGCCGUGCUGGAUGCGCAGCUAUCGUGUUCAACCAGCAAAUCGCCAGUGGCGCUUCCUCAGGUCCCGCAAUGGAGCCCGCGCAAUCCGUUCUCGACAGCCUAGCCGCGCAUACCCUGAAGAACCUGCCACGCUUCGCGGCGCCCAUUUUCCUACGAGUGAUGCCGCAGAUGCAGUCCACUGGCAAUAACAAGCAACAGAAGCAUGUCCUUCGCACUGAGGGCGUGGAUGUCGCACAAGUCUCAAAGAGUGACCGGCUAUACUGGCUUCAGGGUAACACUUAUGUGCCAUUUGGACAGAAGCACUGGAACCGCUUAAAUGGCGGCCAGGUCCGACUUUGA